CAACGCCAAGAUGGGAUUCCAAGGCGCAAUCUGGAUUUCUGGUAUGGGAUAUUAUUUUUAUUGUUAACAUAAUUUCCAGUAGGAGGUCAUGUGCCAUAAUUCUGAUGAAAAGACAACUUGCUUUUUAUGAUGGAUAUCUGCAUGUUUAGAUAACUGAGGCAAACUGCACUCAGACAUAAGUAGCAGCAGGUAAAAAGAGAGUACAGCAAGCAUGUCAAACAUGCGGCCCACAAUGAGUAUGUUUGCGGCCCAGACAGGCAUACAAGGAAAUUUCCCGGUAGGACGCCUGCACUGGGGCCGCUUUGUUCUGUGGCACUCCCGCGGCCAAUCGCUUGCUAAUGCGACCACAAAACAUUCUUCCAAACUUGCCACCAGAUUUGCACAUAUGGAGUCAUAUCCGGCAGCAGCGCUACAGUGCGCAGAGUGACUGGCUGCAUGCAGAGCAGGCCAGCUACUCCCCCUUCCCUGCUACUUGUAGUGCCAGAGAAGCAUGUUGAGUAGAAAAGAUUGUGCAGGGCUGGACUGGAAGACUGCUUAAGGUGGGGGAAGAGGGGCUUGGGGAAACCUUUCUGUAGUGUAUUUGGUGGGAGGGAGGUGGGUCAAUGUAUUAAAUUGGAGGGGAGGGGGAGCAGUGUGUUAAAUUGGGGGAAGAGAGGGAGAGGCCAGUGUAUUAAAUUGGGGGAGGGAGCAAUGUAUUAGAGUGGUUGAAGGGAAGGGGCAGUGUAUUAGAGUGGUGGGACAGGGGCCAGUUUAUGAAAUUGGGGGGAGGGAAGGGAGGCAGUGUAUUAAAUUAGAGUGGUGGAAGUGGAUGCAAUGUCUAGGUCAAACUUUUCUUUUUUUUUUUUGCGCACACAUAAAUUUAAACCUUGUUUAUUUGGUCCAUGUUCGCCUCUGAGUUUGAAAUGCUUGAGAUACAGCAAUCAAGGAACCCAUCCUUAAUCCUUAUCGGACGUACAUAAAUGAAAACCCCACAAUUUCACUGUCAAGAGCUAGUUAAACGGGUAAGGGUUUCACUGCAUGGUCUUGUCUGUGCAGCCUUAUGGAUACAGAAGAAGUGCAUUUAGCAUAGCUUUAACAGGUUCAUAAAUAAAGUAGAACUCAUGCAUUAACAUAUUAAUCAAGUAUGGUCUCUGGAACUGUGUUGAGGUAUGCCUGUGGAUCUUAAAAUCUAUACAUUGGAACAGUUCCCAGCUAGUGUUACUUUUCAGCAUCCUUAAGGGUUUGUGAACAAGAAAGAUGCCCAAAUGGAGGAAGUGAAUUUUAAAGAUUGCAUUUGCACAACUUUUGCAAGGUUAUUCACUAAGGUGAGAAAUUUCAGGAAUUCAAACCGAACUGGAAAAAGCUAGUAAUGCUUCCAGUUCGGCUGCGUUGGCUUUGAAAAUAAAAUUGCUUUUAACUUAACUUUGAAUUUCCAACAAUUUUCAAUCAAGUUAAUAAUCCUGUAUGUGUUUUGUACCUAUUUGUGAGUGUAACAGAUCCCCUCUGUGCUCGUUUGCGGGAUCUGUAUUUAAUGUGAACUGUUCAUUCGCUUGAAACCGCCGUAUAACCGGUUGCCAUAGACUACAAUACAAACUUUAAAAAUCCCAAAUUAACUACCAAACACCGGACCACCCUGAUGCCUAAUUGUGCUUCAAUUUAUCUCCCUGUUCGGCUAAUGUAUUCCUAUUGAAACCCGCAAACGCUUUGUUCAAGUCCCUGGGUGGCCGCCAUUUUGGAAGUUUUACACGUGGCGUCGGCCAUCUUAAACUCCCGAACAGUGGUGUUUUGCCAUUGAGUGUCUGGAACUAAAAUCGGACACUCGACUAGGCAAACACCGCUGAGACCUCCAGACUUCCAUCAAUUUGUGCCGAAACUACCUAACGUCCCGCCGUUCGGUAGAAAGACUAAGUUAAACAUGGAGAUUCAUACGAAUGCCAGGAUACCCACGGAAGGCAAGCUGUUCGGGACUUUUUAUUACACGAACAGAGACCGACCGCAAGGCCAAAACUUAUGGAACUGUUUUCGGCUACUGUGCCUGUGCGGUCGGUCAAAACUUUAAACCCCCAUAACUCCCGAACCCCUGGCCUGAUCUGGGUGAUUUUUAAAUAUGUUGCUCACCCAGAUUAGGGCCAUCAGGGGAUUUAUGAGGGUACCUCAGAUAUUUGGGGUACAUCCAAAACUCUGGGAAAAAUGUGUUCUUGUUAAUUGUGUUAAAUGCUUAUCUAAGGGGAGGAGAUGUGUGGGUUGUACCUUGUGUUUUAUUGGUUACUGUAUAAUUGCUUGUGGGUGUCUCCCUUACAUGGGAGCACUGCAUAAAAGGAGAGUACCUGCCAUUAAAAAUCAGUUCUUCUUCACCCUUCAAAACGUAGCUGUGUCUCGUUAUUGAAAGGGAACGUGCAGCAUAAUCACUAGCUCUUCUCAGAGCUCUGCCUCUCUACUGCUCCAGGGAUCCAGCUGAUGGGACUUCGCCUCCUCACUUCGGCUAAGCACCUGGCCCGGAGAAAGGACGUCCCCAACGGCAAAUAUCCCUCUCCACUCUGGUUAGCCGUUACAGAGAGCUUUUAUUGUUUUUGUUUUUAGUCUGUAUAUUAAUCUGCACUAUUUUUCAGGCAUAUUAGUUGAUGCUAAUUUAAUUUAUGGAAUAUACAUAAUUCCUUUUUUUAAAGAGCAUUUGAACACGUUAUUCGUCAUUAUUUAUUGUGGUGUAUAUACAAAUUUAUCAGCUUUCUUCAGUGCUUAUAUUUUUUUAUUCUAAAUAUUGGAAAAGAACAUUUAGGGAAAGGGCAACAAUAUAUGUACUGAUAUAUUUUGGGCACAUAGUGAUCUAUUUGAUAAAGUGACUGCAUUUUUUCCAGAUAAAGUGCGUGUCACACAUGGAAUACGUCUGAAUUCUGUGAAUACAAAGUCCACCCAAGAGUGUCUCUUUAAAUAUUUGUAGAAGAGUUUUCACAAGCAAUACGAAAUUAGAACGAAUCCUAAAAAGGAAAAUAUUAACUGUGAUAUCUUAUGAAAACUUCAUUGUGCAAAAGCUGUAAUUUGUUUUUCUGACUCAGAAAUGUGUUUUUAUUCCCAUAUACAGGUAAUAGUUUCAGAAGAAGCCCAAGAGUGUCUUCGACAUUGAAAAUAAAUAUACAGAAAGACUACUUACUUUGCAUUAUGAAUGUUGAUGGUGUUUAUUGCUAUACCCAGCAGGCCUAUGAUUUUUUUUUUUAUCCUCAUAAAGCCAGGCUUUGCAUAGUAAUAUGUCUAACAAGGACAUUGAUCUCAAGAGGUUUGCUAACUUAUGUUGCACAGCAGCUCCAAACAGGGGUUUAUUCAAUAAAAAGUGAGUUGGUAUGUUUUGAUGUAAGAUAAUAAAAUUUAAGACAAAUUAGCAGAGUUAAGCCCUCCCCAACCCCCAUUCCGCCAACCGUCUAAGCAUUAUUUUAUUGCAUUUUGCAAUACAUUUUUAAGAAACAUAGCAUUAGAAAUACAAGUCUGUAUUCAAAUUUCUAUAGUUCCCUUGUCCCUACAUGUAUUCAGUGUUUACACCCCCAUGUACAAUAAAAUGUUAAAAUAAUAUGUUUUAUUUACCUUUUUCCAGCGCCGAGACCCCAUUGGUACUGCUCAUCUCUCAUGAUGUCACGUAGGAGACAUGGCUUCCUCGGCUGAUGUCCAGUUCAAUCCCUCUGUACAUUGCAGGGCUAAAACAACAGGGACACUGAACCGACACUUCGUCAUUGAGAUUAAGUGGUCUGAGUACUUAUGGUGUCCCUUUAAGUAUUUUUGCUUGAAUAGCUUUAUUGGUUCAUUUGGGUAAAUUCCAUCAUUCCUAGAUUGAAAAAAAAAAAUACACCAUGCUCACUUCUACCAAGUAGAAUAAGAAACCCAGCAGUAAAGUUGAAAGGAAAUGUUAACUCUGCUUCAUCAAUAUUCUAGAGAGAUUCUUCUGAGUUACUGUGCUUCUGGGGUCUUCUUGUUCAGUAUUAAAGGGAUUUUAGUGUUCAGUAUACAAAUCUGUAUUCCUAACACUUUAGUGCCUUCUUGACUCCUAUCCCUCGCAGCCUCCUUGUUUACUUAACAGAUUCCAGUGCGCGAUGUCCCUCACCAUUGAGUCGAUCCUCCGCUUCCCUUGGUGAAUUGCCUUAAUGCUUUCGUAUGGGGAUUUCACUGACACUGGAUGUCCUCAUGCAGAGCAUGAUGACAUCCAGCGUCAUUUAGGCAACCUGGAGUUUGUUGGGAUCCACAAAGUGCCUCUGGUGGCUGUCUAAUAGACAGCCACUAGUAGCAGUCAUAGUCCUGCAAGGUAAUUAUUACAGUUUUUCAAAAUCUGUAAUGUUAUAAGGGGGACAGGGACACCAAUUCAGUAAACUGAAGUGGUCUUGGUAACUAUCGUGUCCCCUUAAAGCUUUAAAACCGGUUUAAGGCAGACUGUAAGGACAGUGUCAGGGGAUCCAGACACUAUAACAGAUUACGCAGUUACAGUGCUUACUGUGUCCCUCGUAGCCACAGGCAGCCUCUCAACUGUGUAGCUAGAAUAAAUAUAAAUGGAGUACUUUUUUUAUUUUCCAUUCUGAUUUGUUUGCAUAUUUUCAAUACAUGUAACAUGCCCUGCAUUCACAAAUGGUGUGUAGGCCAGAUAACUAUUUGUUGAAAUAUCUAAAAGUAGUGAAUAAGGAGGGCUGCAAGGAGCAUUAUAAUAAGACUGGAUUGGAAAAGACAACAUACGUUUUUCUAUGACCAACAAAUUGGAGUUAUUUUAAAAAAUUAAAUUGAUUUGUAAAAUUUAGGUAAAAUCAAGUGGAUUAAAAAAGUUCUUAAAUUCAGAUGUAGUCAAAACAUGGUUAAUUUAAAUGCUUGGGCCAAAUAACAAUUCAUGUGAUAACCUUCACAAUCCCUUUGACUUGCUAGAGUGCGAUGAACUUAGAAAAGCAUCUUAGGUAGUGCAACGGUGUUUGAACUUCAGCAGCGGAAUGGCUGAUUGUUUUUCAUGGUAAAUGUUUUCUAUAACAGCUGGAGUGCCAAAUGUUAGCAAUCACUCAUUUACAAGGCCACCAAAUUGGCUGCUGCACAAACAUGCAAAUAAAAGAGGUGCUUCUUUGUAGAUAUUAACAGAUUCCAUGAAACAAUAAAAGGGAGUGCUCAGUUCAAACAUGAGCAACAUGUGGAGACCACAUAGAGAGACAGGAAUGGGGAUUGACAGCAGACCACAAAUUGCUUGGUUAUUCAGCACUUAGAUGCUCAGAUCACCUAUGUUUGUCAUUUUACUACUAGCCUACUACCGAUUUAAUCCUAGUAUUGUAAAUAUCUAUUACCAUCAAAAAUAAUCUCCAGGACUCCUUUUAUGUGAAAAUAAGUAUUUGUCACUUUACUUUUUUUUUUUUUUUUUAAUAGUUAUUGCAGGGUGUUCCCUUUAUAAACAUGUUUACAUGUCUAGGAAGGUGGAUAAUUUUUUAAUAGUAACAGUAAAAAGUUGGCAAUUUUUGCAGUUUGCUAUGUUUUGCUGCCAGUGUCUUGUUGUUGUGCCUGGAAAAAUGACUCAUACGCUUACAGAAAUGAUGAUUUUCAUAUUGUUAUUCUAGAUUUCCGAUACUCCUCAUUGCAUAACCCUGUCACUUCGCCGUACACCUUGAAUAUUGUUUAGUCAAAAAGCAAGAUUUACUGCUACCAAACAUAAAAUAAGGUGGAAUUAGAACCUACUGAACUAUUGUAACUACUUGAAUUCCAUUAUAGCCUUUCGAAGAAUGAAAGAAGUGUAUAGUGCAACCUGGCCUUGCAAUGAUAGACUUUGUAAAAAGCUACAACCUGCACAAAAGGCACGGUAACACACCCAUGUGUACAGCUUACUCGAAGAGUACAGUCUGGUACUGAUGUCCAGCCAUCAUUCGGCCAAGAAGAGCCACAGAGAAGCUUCAUCGGUUGCCGACAUGCUUACCUCUCAAAGGCCUUCAGCACAUAGUGCGCCAGCAGACUCCUGCCCCAGCAGGCCAGACUUACUAGGUUCUGCUGGAACGACUGGCUCCUCCUGCAAAUCCUCUGAGGAUUCCUUCAACACCAUACUCCAUUCACUGGCAGAAGUGAAGGGGUUCCUGGCGGCUGAAAUAGCCCGCACGGCCGCGUAAGUUAAGGCUGAAAUAUGCACCAUUGGGGCCCGCACCACAGCGAUUGAGCAACACAUGGAGAAUGUGGUCUCUGACCAUAAUGGAGCCGCAACCCUCACUAACAAACUCCUGCACAGAAUAACAGAUCAAGGCGCAACAGCCUGCGUAUUUGAAGCCUGCCAGAAUCAGUAGGGGAGGCGGACAGAGAAGCAGCCCUAGUAACCUGCUUUUGACAAAGUCUACUAGAUAUCCCCAAACACCUGUGGAUAGUUAAAACAAAGAGAACAUUACCUGCACUCUGGCCUAAAUCCCUAUGUACAUGUAAACAAAAUGGAAGCUCUUUAGUUUUAUUCCAAUGGCAAUUUGAAUAUAAGCUCACCUGCCCCAUCAAAGCAAGCCGCAAAAAGUGAGUCCUACUGUAGCAAUUAGAUUUGCUGAUAUCACCCAAGAAUCUCCAAUGAGACAGGAAGGGGUAUUUUAAAGACCCUUUCACAUUUAACCUUUUAUAGGGCUUCUACACAUACAAUAAACUUUGCUGGUAUCAGACAAAGUGUAAACAUCAAUGAUACAUACUUUUUGUUUGUAUAUGAUGUUUGUAUCACACAACUAUGUUACAUUGCUGGCAGCCACCCCAUGUUUGUCUUAUUAAGUGAGGCAUGGGGGGGCAGCCUACAGAUCAGGUAAGUGAGGCAUGGAGAGCAGCCUACAGAUCAGGUAAGUGAGGCAUGGGGACAGCCUACAGAUCAGGUAAGUGAGGCAUAGGGGGGCAGCCUACAGAUCAGGUAAGUGUGGCAUGGGGGGGCAGCCUACAACUCAGGUAAGUGAGGCAUGGGGGCAGCUUACAGGAAGGGUCAGAAAGAAGCAGGAAGGUAAGUAGAAGAAGGAGCAGAAAGGAGAAGGAACAGAAAUGAGCAGAAAGGGACAUUAGAGGAACACUAUAGGGUCAGGAACACAAACAUGUUUUUCUGACCCUAUAGUGCAAAACCCACCAUUUAGGUGGCUUGCCCGCCCCCAUAGCCCCCUUAAAAGUUAAUAAAACUCACCUUAUUUCCAGUGCCGCAUGGGUCUACCAGCGCUGGCUCCACCCUGCCCUGCAUUUUAAUCAAUGCAUCUCUAUGAGGAAAAUUCAGCGUCCCUAUGCAGAGUGUGGAGACGCUGAAUGUCACUACUGCCUACUGUGAAGCACUGAACCAGGAGGCACCUCCAGUGGCCAUCUGAGGAGUGGCCACUUGGAGGUUUCCCUAGGGGUAAUGUAAACACUGCCUUUUCUCUGAAAAGUCAAUGUUUGCAUGAAAAUACCUGAUGGCAAUGAUUAUACUCAUCAGAACAACUAAAUUAAUCUGUAAGUUGUUCUGGUGACUUUAAGCAGUAGAAAAGGUCUGCAAGGAGCACAAAGGAACAGAAAGUGUCAGUAAGGAGCUGGAAAGGGCAGCAAGGAACAUAAAGUGUCAGCAAGGAGCUAGAAGGGGCAGAAGAAGCAAAAAGGUAAAGUAGGAGAAGGAGCAGAAAGUAACAGAAAUGAGCAGGAAUGGUCUGCAAGGAGCAGAAAGGGGCAGCAAGGAGCACAAAGGUAAAGGAGCAGAAAUAAUCAGUAGGAGCACAAUGGUAAAGUAGAAGAAGGGGCAGCAAGGAGCAGGAAGGGACAGAAGGAGCACAAAGGUAAAGGAGCAGAAAGAAUCUGAAGGAGCACAAAGGUAAAGUAGGAGAAGGAACAGAAAUUAGCUAGAAGGACAUCGAGUAUCAGAAAGGGUCAGCAAUGAGCUGGAAGAGGCAGAAGGAGCACAGAGGUAAAGUAGGAGAAGGAGAAGAAGGGAACAGAAAUAAGCAGGAAGGGUCAGCAAGGAACAGAAGAAGCACAAAGGUAAAAGAGCAGAAAUAAUCAUAAGGAGCACAAAGGUAAUGUAGGAGAAGGAACAGGAAGGGUCAGAAAGCACAAAGGUAAAGGAGCAGAAAGAAUCAGACGUUGCACAAAGGUAAAGUAGGAGAAGGGGCAGCAAGAAACAGGAAGGGACAGAAGAAGCAGAAAGAAUGAGAAGUUGCACAAAGGUAAAGUAGGAGAAGGAGCAGAAAGGGACAGAAGGAGCACAAAGGUAAAGGAGCGGAAGGAAUCAGAAGUUGCACAAAGGUAAAGUAGAAGAAGGGGCAGCAAGGAGCAGCAAGAAGCAGAAAGGGACAAAAGAAGCACAAAGGUAAAGUAAGAGAAGGAGCAGAAAUGAGCAGGAAGGGUCUGCAAGUUGCAGGAAGGGUCAUAAGGAGCAGAAGGGAGCAAAAGUAGCAGAAAGGGAUCAGAAAGAGAAAGGAGUAGAAGGGUGCAAAAGAAGCUGAAAGGUAAAGGAGCAGAAAGAGCCAAGGAGAAGAGAAGACAGUGUCAGAAUAAAAGAAGACUGUGCCAAAUGAAGGAGAAAAAAAGAAGAUUGGAGCAGGAAGGACAAGUGAAGUGAUCCCUCCACUUAAUUAUGGACACCACAUCACAAGGCUUUGGUCCCUAUGCCUGGCAGGAAAACUUUGGACCUUCUCAUCUCCCGAGGUAAAAAAAAUAUCAGUGUUAAUGUGUUCACUUUUAUUUUCUGAAUGUCAGGAAGCACAGAGUGGUCAGCUGGCAUUCUAAGUCAAUCACUAGAUCCCCAUUCAUAAAAAAAGUAAAAAAAAAAUGUAUGAACCGGGAACUAGCUAUUGGCUUAAAGCAUCGGCUGACCACGCUAGCCAAUCAGUGGCACCCAUGCCUCACGUCAAUCUGCACGAAGCCGGAUACCACUGGGCAACCUGGAGGAAGCCUUUGGGUUUAAACCAUGUGAGAGUGGUUUAACCCUAAAGGAAAGAGUGCCCAGGGGCCUCCUGGCAUCAUAUUAUUUUCAUUUAGAUGAAGUUGUUAUGGUAACCAGAAUGUUCCUUUAAUUUUAUUAAAAGGAACACUGUAGUGUCAGGAAUACAAACAUGUAUUGUGAAAACGCUAUUUACAUAUCCUAUAGGUAGGUAGGUUAACAGGCUAAACCAAACUACACACAUGCAAGAAACACAAAUUGCUAUUUACAGUCUUAGCAUGACAUCCAGCGUGGCUAUAUGGAGGCUUCUGGUUUGAGGGUGACCACUGGACAAUGCAAUUAGCAGUGCACUGCUGAACUAGAGCUAAACUGGUGCGGUCUUGUGGUUAAACUAGAGGGUCAUGGCCUUAUUGUACAAGACUACAUGUUUAUGGCAUGGUAACAUAUACGUUACAGUCCAGAUUAGUAGAGGAUCAUCUCGCGGGUGUAUUUGGGACGUCUGUUGGUCGUCAUCAGGAGAGUAGUCAGUCCUUGGCACAAUGUGUAUUCACCCGAUUCCCUGGUUGGACGUCGCUAUGCGGUCAUGUGCAAGUCCCAUGUAUUUUUUUAUUGACUCUGCUAUUUACUGACUACUCUGCUUUCUGGUUCCCUUGACUCAGCUCUGGUAUUUGUUUUGGUGAUUCUCUAGUUCCCUUUGUCUUAGGCUUGCUUGACUAUUCUGUGCUUAUCUCUUAUUAGCCCGGCCAUUCUAAGGACCGGUUUAGGUAUUUUUAUUUUACCUUUAGGAGGGUUAUUAUUCUGCGUAUUGGGUUACCUAUUUGUAACACAUGUUUUGAUGUUAAAAAAGAGGGGUAAAAAUAAAGCUAAAAGAACUUCACUGGAAUCCUUUAAGACAAUGAUCAUUAUAUCUGGAUAUUCUACAUAAGUUUGUGUAGAGAUUUAGCAUUAUAUACCAAAAAAAUUACAAAUAAAACUUUUUCGCCGUUAUGUAGUUUGUUUUUUUCCUCCAGUGGAUGGUCUGUUGGGGUAGCAGCAAUUAUGUCUAGGAACCUGGGCAUUUUUGGAACUUUAGUGACAAACUAAUGGUACAUCAAUAUCAACUUUCAUUCUUUUGAUCCAGUGGAUAGACUGAAGGGACAUGAGUAUUCUAUCACAUUCUCACCCACAACCACACACAGAAGGACACAUGUUCAACAUUUGUGAAAAGUGUGUUAGUACUGACUUUGGUAAGAAAUGUGGAGGGGGGUUGGGGUUGAAAUACAUUUUUUCAUGUUAAACGUUAGCGUUGUAAUGUGAAUAUGUUUAGUUAAACCCUAUAAGUUGAAGUCUAGAAGUCAACUGCUUGUUUAAGACAACCUGCCUUUUCUGGUAGCAUUAGGUCAUAAAUCUCGUAAGGUAGUAGUUGUGCUGUGCACAGCAAAGCACCUUGCUAUGCAGAGGAAUAAGGAACUUUUAAGACUGGUCUAUGUGUAUUCUCUGCAUAACUGGAAGAUCUGUACACUGUUUUGCGACAUUAAGCCAUAAUUUUGCCCCAUUGCACAUUGCUCAACAACUCAAUAAGCAUUAUAUAAAUGUAACUUUAUCUACAAUAAAAUAACUUUUCUUAUUUAACGAAGAAUGGAUUUUUUCCAUUACGUGGCAACUGGCUUGAAAGCAAACAUUUGGAACAAGAGAUCUGUGAAGUUCAUGCCGUACAAUUACAAACAGAUUUGUUGUAGUUUCCUAAUUCACUUUAGUGCCUGUUAAGGUGUACUAUAUCUGGACAUAUAAAAUGUUCCCAAAAGACUCUUAAACUGCAGUAAUUUCCUUGAUGUAUUACUUAAUUCGAGGUAAUGAUAGUAAAUUUGGCAACACAUGGCAGCAGGAAAUGUCUUUGUUUGCUGCGAGAUGUUUUUGAACUCAAGCAUUAUUAUAUUAUAUAAUACCCAGUAGGACAUUUCUACGUGCCAGGCAAGGUUAAAAUGGGAAGGGAGGAAAAAAAAAAAAAAAGUUGACAUGCUUUUGUUAAAAUGUGGACCACAUGUUUAGCCACCUGAUGUUUGGCCUCAUUAAAAGAUACUAUCUUGAAGAAGAGGAAAAUACAUUUAAAAGGGACACUAUAGUCACCAGAACAACUACAGCGUAUUGAAUUUGUUCUAGUGAGUAGAAUCAUUACCCUCAGGCUUUUUGCUGUAAAAACUGUAUUUUCAGAGAAAAUGCAGUGUUUACAUUACAGCCUAGAGAUAACUUCACUGACCACUCCUCAGAUGGCUGUUAGAGAUCCUUCCUGGGUCAUGGCUGCCUAAAAUGCUUCCAAACAUUCAGUGUCCCCUCCCUCUGCAUGCAGACACUGAACUUUCCUCAUUGAGAUGCAUUGAUUUAAUUCAUCUCUAUGAGGAGAUGCUGAUUGGCCAGGGCUGUGUUUGAAUCAUGCUGGCUCUGCCCCUGAUUUGCCUCUUUGUCAGUCUCAGCCAAGCCUAUGGGGAAGCAUUGUGAUUGGAUCAGGCUAUCACUUCUGAUGAUUUCAGCAGGUAGGUCAAAAGGAAACAGUGACAAAGCAAGCAGCUGCAGUCUUGAAUACAAGUAAGAUUUUACUAUAUUGAGGGAGGCAUGAAGGGGCAGGGUGGCUUGAUGGUGGUUUUAACCCUAUAGGGUCAGGAAUACAUGUUUGUGUUCCUGACCAUAUAGUGCUCCUUUAAAUAAUGUAAACUAUAAAGUUACUGUGAUGGAAUAUGCCAUGGACUUUUGGAGAGGCUUGAAGGCCAGCUUUCUGCCCACGGACUAUGGGACUAAAUCUGUGCUUCCCAGCUGGAUUUUAGGAACUCGUUUUACACCUCAAGUGCCUGAAUGGGAAAUACUCUGGAACGAUUACUCGGAUCGGUACUACGCCGCAGUCUGGUAAAUCUUUAAGUGGGUGUUGCUCAGUCCCCCGAACGCCAAAAAGAGAGUGAUUUGGAAACAAAGUCGGGCAGGCAAGGAGGCAUUGAAGGAUACCUGGGACUUAAGUGCGAUUUCUUUCCAAAGGAUCCGGGAAAAAGCCGCCACAUGCCUGGAACUUCUCACCAGAGAAUACCCACGACCAAGUAAAUCUUUAACAUGCUGUAACUCGUGUUGUGUGUGAGGGUAAGUUUUCCUAAAAGGGUUAAAUGUGAAAGGGUUUAUAAAAUACCCCUUCCUGUCUCAUUAGAGAUGUUUACACUUUGUCUGAUACCAGCAAAGUUUAUUGUAUGUGUAGAAGCCCUAUAAAGGGUUAAAUGUGAAAGGGUUUAUAAAAUACCCCUUCCUGUCUUACUGGAGAUCCUUGGCUGAUAUCAGCAUAUCUAAUAGCUAGUGUAGGACUCACCUAUUGAGGCUUGCCUUGACGUGGCAGGUGAGCUUAUAUAUUCAAAUGGCCAUUGGAAUAAAACUAAAGAGCCUUCAUUUUGUUUAAAUGUACAUGGGGAUUUAGGCCAGAGCGCAGGUAACGUUCCCUUUGUUUUUCCUAGCCAGACUUGAAGACCUCUGGGGAUUGCCUGGACUCGUUUUACACCUCAAGCGCCUGACAGGGAGAAACCCUAAAACACUCUGGAAUGGUUCCUCAGAUCAGAACUGUGCUGAGGUCCAGUGGACAAGACCCUUAGAGAAGUCAGUCAAGCUUUGUCGACUGGGUCUGAAGUGCUCAAGAGUACCGAAUAGCAGCUAGGAAGCUGACCUGGCUGAGGUACUCAGUCGGAGUACAGGAGCUCAGUCACAGUUACAAAGAGUAGCAGAAGAAAUUUAGCAAUGAGGGUGACAAUGUACAAAUCACAAAAAAAUAAAAAAAUAAAAAAAAGUGCCCUCAAUAGCUAUGACUAUCAAAGUAAAAACCAAUGAGCAGCUUCAAAGUAAAAACUAUAGAUAGAAAGGAACGGUGAAAUACAUCUGGGAAUAUUUAAUGCGUAACCCAAGGAUGAAGGCCUUUAGGGUGAAUAUAUUUACAGAUAUCUAUAAAUAUGUACACAAACAGUGAAUGCCCAUGUAGAAUGCAAUAUAGUUUCCCUGCAAUAUUGGUUACUUAUUUUAGCAUUAGUGCUCAUCUCUAUUCACCCCUACUAUGGAGAGAAAAAAAAAACACAGCUACUAAACCCAAGCAAUGAAUGAAUGAAAUAACAAGAACGCUAUGGAAUGCAAGAUCAAUAUAUUUUUACAACUAGUUAGUCCAUGUCUAAAUAUGGAAGAGAAAUAAUAAAGGUCCCACUGGUAGUCAAUGCAAGUGACACAUUUAGUUAUGUUAAAGAAAUGAGAAGAUUAUGUUUAAAUAAAAAAAAAAGUUUAUUUAGAACAGUUUUGCCCCAUGUGCAGGUUACAUUUCAUAUGAAACACCGUGUAGCUUCAACAAACCGAGGUUUUCUGAUUUCUCAUAACUUUGCAACAGGUCACAAGUCUUCUCUGAUAAAAAAAAUAGAGCUGUUGUAUAAAAGAAAAGAGUAUAAUAACUUUUUUAAAAUUAAUUUAUAAAAGUAAGUUUGUGAGAUAUAUAUCUAUACACACACACACACACACACACACACUUCAUGGUGUUUGUAGUCUGCAGGUGCAGCCUUCUGCUAGGAGUUAGUGAUUUUGAGCAGUGAGAGACUGCAGGGACCUGAUCUAUGCACCAAAUCCACUUAAUUAAGAUAAGAUUGUUUGGAUACCUAUAAUAUCCCCUAAUAUACAUGGCCAAGAGAAAUAAAGCUAAAAACCUCUGUAUCCUCAAAAAUUACAUGUUCAAAAUUUUAACAUGCGUGGCUUUCCAUUUCAUGUCUAACUUUAGCCUCCAAGUGGCAAGAGGAUGUGUAACAUUUUGCACUUCAAUAUGUCAAAACCCCACAGGCAUCAAAUAUGUAAUGCCUUUUCUUGUGUCUACAGUGAGAGAUCGUAUUUUGUAAGUAACUUACCCCUUUAAGCCUUCAUAACGAACAACAUCAAGAAGAGCUGUUCUGGAUGAAAUAGUCAGACAUUUCCUUCAGGGCUCUGUACCGGUGAGAAAUUGUAUUCUUUACUUCCUUUGGGAGCUCUGCAUACCUAUAAUGAAAUACAUAGUAAUACAGCAAUCAGCAGUCUGAAAACACAGUGCUUGAGAACCUACCAUUUCUAGUCAGACAAAAGGUGGGGACUUGCACAAUAUGCUCAAUACAACGAGUGGUAGCCAUACAAAUAUCUAUACAAUCAAAGGAGGAAGUACAUACAGUAAUUGUGGUUGAAGUUACAGGCAAGGGGGCAUGUUUAGAGCUGCAGAACUUUAUAAACAACACCUCCAUGCACCAUGACAACCUAUGCUUAUUGCAGAAGAGAGGUUGAGAAUGCAAACACUAGUAAAGGGGCAGACAACCUUCAGGGAUAGAGAUGCUGUGAACUACAUCUUCCAUAAUGCUCUUAAGUAUCAGGGGACAUGUAGAAUAUAACAUUUGGAGUACCGAAUGUUGCCUACCCCUGCACUCGUAUAUAGUGACUGAUAUAGUGUAAGGGAGGAAAAAACAAAAAACCCUAAAUUAACGUAAUGUUGAUUAGAUCACCUGGACACAAACAUUUUCAUGUAUUGUAAAAUGAUUUCUUGCUUAAAUCAUUGCAAUACUAAAAAGAUUUAAAGAGUUUCGGUAGUGAAUGUCUACACAGAUUACAGUAAAAUAGUGACACCCAGUGGUUAUUACAGAUAGCCAAAUAUUUUUAAAUAUACUUCAAUGUGCACACAUGCCUACUUACGUCUUUUCAAAACCAUCUGGCUGGAAACAUGGAUCCCAUCCAAAGUCCCUAGGACCACGUGGAUCCACUAUUUGACCCUGAAAAUAAAAUUAAACAUGUUUAACUUCUCUAGAAGCAUCAGAUUCCAAGUGUGUCUUGACAUUUGAUACCAAAGAUUAAUUUUGCUCAAUACAAAUAAUGUCUAUCAGUAAGUUAAUUGAUUAUGUUACUCUUAUAAAUCAAGUAAACUUCAAGGGAGGAACAAAAUGUCAGGAACUCUAUCAGGACCGAUUCAUAUCAUUUCAAAUUAAGUAGGCAAAUUUAGUGCAUCAGUUGAGACUGGCUUAAUUUGUUAGGCUCAUAAUAUACGGUAAUAAAAAUAUUUAUAGUAUAGUAAUGGCACACAACUUGGUUCACUGAACAGUGAACCAGGUUGUCUGUAAACGAAUGACAGGCACAGUAUUUCUGCAUCCUACAUGAUGACUGGAACAGCUCUUUGAGAUAAGCUAAUUAUAGACAGAGAUUUAAGAGGUUAAGGUCUGUCCUCAGAGACCAGAAUGAGAUGCUCCUGACUGGAGGCAAACACACUAAUCAGUGAACCAAGGGGCAGUUUAAAUGGUGACCAACUCAUCUACAAAAUGGGUUAAAAUAAUGUACAUUGUGGAAAAUUUUAUCUAACCCUAAGGAUGGUAUUUAGGUUUAUAAUUGCCUUUUGGGGUUAGUAUUUUAGCUUUCUGUCAAUAACAAUCAUGUAUGAAUUGCAUAAUUUUAGCCAAAACAGCAAGUGCCAGACACAUAGCAGACAAGGCAUGACAGUACGAUAGUCCUGUAAAGGGAAUGAUGCACUGCUUUAUUUACAGGGUGGUAGAUUGAUGGACAACUCCAACAGCACAGGUGGUAGAGACAUUUAACCAAUUCAAACUUCAACAAUUUAGAAACCACUAUAAAGCAUACAAAAUGGAGCACUGAAUAUGUAGUUUACAGCUGUAAAUUUAACUUGACACACUGGUCAGCUGGCCAAAACAAAACCAAACAAACAAUAAAAUGUAUUAACAUGGUAAAAACAUUUCUAAAUUACAGAUCAACAUUUCUUGUACACACCAGAGUUUUCCCUCUAAACAACAGAACAGGGUCUUCUGGACGUCCAGUGCUGAAAGCAAACGUGCAGAGGGCAUAGGCAGAUUUGUCUUCAAACCCCGCUAGUAGACGGUGCAGUCCUACGCACAAACACAUGUUAGGGUAUCCUCAAAAAUAUUAUUCUGCACUUUAAUAUUAAGAGUUCUUCAAACCUGUGUGAAAUCUGGGUUAUUACAGAAUGUUACCCGACUACCACAGUUAUUCACUAAAGUUUGAAUUAUUAUGAUUUUAAAGUGAAUUUGUAUUUUGUUUUUUCCCCCCAACUUGGCAAUUUUGUCCUGGAAUUUGAUACCCACUUUAAAAAAAAAAUAUCACUUUGAAUUUACAGCGAUUCACUUUUUAGUGGAUAACCCUGUAUGAUAUUCACAAGUUAUCUGUAUGGUCCAAUACACACCAAGCAUCUGUAGUUUUACUUAGGCUUGCUAAAUUAAAGGGACACUAUAGUCCCCCAGACCACUUCAGCUCAAUGAAGUGGUCUGGGUGCCAGGUCCCUCAGGUUUUAACCCUGCAGAUGCAAACACAGCAGUUUCAGAGAAACUGCUAUGUUUACAUUGCAGGGUUAAGCCAGCCUCUAGUGGCUGUCUUCCGGACAGCCACUAGAGGCGCAUCUGCGACGCUGGAGGCAUAUUAUGCCUCCAUCGCGCAGAGCGCCCAUAGGAAAGCAUUAAGAAAUGCUUUCCUAUGGACACUUUGAAUGCGCGCGCGGCACUUGCUGUGCAUGCGCAUUCGGCUCCACUGACGUCGGUAGGGGAGGAGAGGUGACCAGUGCCGAGGGAGCCUGGCGCUGGAUUAAGGUAAGUAACUGAAGGGGUUUUAACCCCUUCAGCGCCACGGGAGGGGGACCCUGAGGGUGGGGGCACCCUCAGGGCACUAUAGUGUCAGGAAAACCACUUUGUUUUCCUGACACUAUAGUGAACUUUUAAACUAACAAUAGAUACAGCAUCGGCAUACUAGCACUUUGCAAACAAACACUUGGCUAAUCUUUGUUCAGAUAUUAAAAUUUUUAAAAACUGGUUCACUGUCUUACCUUCUGGUUUUAAUUUUUCAAGAAACCAUUUUCUGCAACAGAAAAAAAAGGAAGCAACAGUUUGAGGGAAGUACAACCUUUAUAGUAUAGUGGAGGCAACAUAAUCUAAUCUUGUAUGGUUUACCUUGAAAGGAGGGCAAGAUCAAAAGCCAUUAAAAAACAAAAAUGAAUCAAAAUAAAAUAAUCCUGUUCUUUAAUACCACACCCUACUUGAGCUUACCGUCCUAACCAUUCAUUCCUUCCUUCCUUGCAGCAUCCCUUGUGCUACAGGACAGUAUAAGCCCCUUACCACUUAUAUUAUAGUAUCACUAGAGGCACCAUAAACACUAGCUAAUUAAUUCUCCAACAAGUUAAAGCAACACUUCAAACACCAUAACUGCUACAGGGCCAGGAGAGUCCCUGUGCCUCCCCAAUGUAAGAAGUCAAACCAUUUGAAACAUAUCUGUGGUCCACCAGACACAGUAUAACAGGGCAAAGCUCAUUGACUGAGAGUGAUCAGCUCUCAUCCAAUGGCAGGGCUUUACCCUGGUAUUCACAUAGAACACAAUCAAUAACAUCAAGCACGGAAUGGUGUCUCAAAAAUAAAGAAAAUAGACAGGAAUGACUUUAUUUUACAGUUUUUUUAAUCUUUGAGCAGGAUUACACACUCUUCAGAAAGAACCACUGUUUAUGAUACAGAGGGUUAUUGAUUAAGAUUUUAAUUCAGUAAUAGACAGUAAUGCCACGGGGCUAAAGUAGAAGCCACUGGGACUGAAAGGAAUUAGUUAAGAAAUAAUAUCAGACGUUGGAGAUUUUUAAAUAGUAGAAUUAUAAUUUCUAUAGUAAAUCUAUCUUAAAUAAAUACUAGCUACAAAUUGACCCCAUAUUUUAAUGCAGUCUAUACACUAAAGAUAUAAACAUACACAUUGCAGUAAUGCAAAGUCCUUAUGGUGCUUUUAUGUUAUUUACCCUUUAGGAGGCUUUACAACAUACACAUUUUUAAUCUGUACAAAAUUGCAGUUCUUAAUCAUGGUUAUUAGCUUUAAAAACAAACACACAUCUUGCCAAAAUGUACCUGUUGCCUUUGUAAAAGGAGUCUUCAGUUCAGUGGGGAAAACAAUAAUGCGACUUAAUCCAAGUAGUAAUCUGGGUCCUAGAUGAGCAUGCUGUGUGUGAUCUCAAACCAGUAGAAUCCAAUUUUAGGUCACAACAUAUGAGCUACUGUUGUAUUGUAUACAAAACAUAAUUUCUUGAUACUUACAUAUAAGGACCAGGCAGACCACCCAAUGCAUUGAAGCAUAAACAUGUGUCUUCAACUAUAACAGGACCUUGAAUCUGGGGAUGGGGACACACACAAAAAGUAUUGUCAUAAAGGGAAAUAUUAGAAACCAACCACCAAAUCCCCAGGUAUAGGCAGAAUGCAAAUUUCUUCUGAAAAUGUAUGUAAUCCUAAACAUAGCUCAAAAUGUGACUUUAUUUAGGCAUAAGGAGACAUACACAGUUAAUCAUUAUAGAGUGAUUUGAUAGGCAUUUAAUGCAAGUUCCAAAUUUUGGGCUAAGAAAGCCAAACUAAAAACCAUAGCUACCUUAGAUGAGAAUUUUCCCAAAUGUGAAACUUUGAAUUACCAAGAACUCACAACUUUAGUGUCUAACACUUUCUAUGUACAAUGUACAAAAACACUUUCUAUCUGCUUAUGUUACAACACUAAUUAAAGCAACACUGUCAUGCCGAACUUACCUUUCCCUAAUUGCUUUCUCUUCUCUCCCUCUCUCAUGGUCUGUUCUUCUUUUCUUCCUAUCUGCUCUAGUUUUCUUUAAAACAUAAGACAAAGUAGGGACUACUUUGUCUUAUGUAUAUUUCCUACGUCUGACCAGCUCUGACCUACUCCCUGUGGGUCAGAGAAAAUUUCCCACUCACCAUUUUCUCCGUGAUCCUGCGAUGCCUGCUUUCAGUAUUCCCGAACGUCCUAUCACAUAUACAGGACGCAGGCGAAACUACCAAAUUUCGUCCUAACAGAAUGAGAACACUUUGUCCAUUCAUGUUGGGACGCAAUUCGGGACUUUUAUUUGGAUCGGAAUUUAAUUUGAAUUAAUGAAAUGCCGAUCUAUUCGUGCCGCAAGUAUAUAGCUCCCUAAUUCCCAUGGUAUUAGGGAGCUAUCUACUAAAAGGCUGAAAGACCUAAAUUGGUCUUUCAGUCAUAUUUACUAAUACUAAGUGAAGAUGACUAAGUAUUAGUGAAUAAGGGAGUUUUAAAUCUCCCGAAUGCCCCUACUUGCUAUACCGCGAGUAGGGGCAUGUAUACUAAACAGUGAGCAGCCUGUGGCUCCCUACCCCUCAAAUCAAUUAAAUGAUCCGCCCCCACCUGUGCCCAUUGUGGGGCAUGUAGAAAAAUAAUUACGUGGAAGGACAUAGUGUCAACCCCCACCCAUUCCGGCUAUUCAACAGAACGGGUCCCCCCCGCCCAUGAGCGACGUGUGAGAGCCGUAAUAACAAAAGGGGAAGAGGGCAAACUAUACAUAUUGACUCCUUUCCCACUUCCCUCCCAGCCCCCACCCAUGAGCGGCAGAUGGGGGCCAAAAGUAACAAGAGUGGGGACCUAUUGUAAAAGUAAACAAGAAUAGGGUGGGACCCUAUUGGCAGGCGCCCCCCCUGGCCUCCACCCAUGAGCGUAGGGUGGGGCCCUAAGUAACAAAAGGGGGGGGGGCAUAUUGUCUCCACCCCUCCCGGCCCCCACCCAUGAGCUGCGGGUGGGGGCCCUAAGUAACAAAGGGAGGGGGUGCACCGACACUAUGUUCUCCCCUGUUAAUUGUUUUUCAAAAUGCCCCACCAUGGGGGGCCUAUACUAGGUCCCCCAUUAUUUGAGUCAGGGGGUGGGAAGCUUAUUUUUUAGAACAGUGAGCAGCCACAGGCUGUUUGAGUAGGGGCAUUCAAGAGAUUUUAUUCUCCCUUAUACUUUUAUGGGGGUCAUAUUGACCCCCAUAGAUUGAGGGAGGACAUGGGGGGAGUUAGGAAGUGGCGGGGAGCACUGCUCCCUGCCGCUUCUCUUUUUACAUAUUACAAGGAGGGAGCUGCAAGCCGGUAGCUCCCUCCUUGUAAUAAACUAAACGAAUGAAGAGGUAUUCAUUCAUUCGAAAUGUCUAUUCAUUCGUAUUUCUGAAGAAUUAAUGAAUUGACGAAAUUCCCGUCCGAAUGCCCCAGUGUUUAACUGGGCACGAGCAUCAAUUUCAUAGCGCUAGUGUGGACAGAUGAAGUGUCCCACAGGGACUUUACCUGCCCACAACAAAGAUGGCUAUGUCCGGGCAUAAAAUAAAGUUAUUAAAAAAGAAAUUGAGGAGCCUAGGGACAUUUAGGGAUGACAUGGGGCACUAUAAAAUGUAUUGGAGUCAGAAGAGGGGUUUAAAAAAGAAACCAAAAAAACAGAUGCGGCCAUGACAGUGCCACUUUAAUGACUGAGCAGUUGCCAAGCACAAAAUGCAUAAAUAGUAAUUGCUAAAUUUAAAGGUACAGUGCACUUUUUUAUGGUUUAUGUAAUAACACUUUGCUCUGCCAUGCAAUCUUGCAGCAAUCUCAAUCUUGGAAGUCGUGCCAUCCUUCGGCAUGCAUCCUUCAAGAUACUUUACCAACCUGUCUUGCAGCUUCUUUGCACUUUUGAAUUGAAAUCUCAUCGGGUUCACCUUGGUACUCUGGUACUGCAGGUAUAGAAAUAAAAAAAAUAAGUAAACACACAUUAACAACAUUGAGCAAGUUUUGUUUCAUGGAGGAAUGAAACUAUAAAUAAAACUUACAGUCAAUUUUCUUGGCCACUAGCUUACACGGAAAUCUGUCUCCAAGGAUCUGAAUAACCUUAAAAAUUAAAUUAAAAAAAAUUAGCAAAUCAUGAAAGUAAGCAAUAUGUAGCCAGAAUUACACAUAAUGAUGAUAACAUAAAUCAAAUAGUUUAAUUUCAGAACUCAUACUAUUGGUAUAGUUUAUAAGCCUAAUAAAACCUCUACAUUUUUUACUAGACCACAAAUCGUAGCUAAAAGACAAGAUAAUUGCAAAUAACAAUAACAGAAUUGGAAACAUUUCUAAACUGGGACUUUUUACAUGUUUUUUUAUUUUGGCCUAACAUUUUCAGUUGGCUACAAUCCAGGGAUAAGCAAAUAAGCUUGUGAAUGCAUCUCUACGGUUACCUCCAGGUAACUCUCCUAUAAUGGAGAAACAAGACCUGCAAAGCUUGGCAAUUGUUUUAAAAGAAAGGGAUUCUAUCUGCUGCUGGCUGAACAUUAUGAAGUUGUAGGGCCAUGUCAAAUGUACAGCUGCAUGCUGGCCACCACUGAUUUGUAAAUGAAACAGCUCAAUUUAAACGUGAAACCCUUUUUAUUUAACAUAUCUAUGACUCACUCAAUAAUUUCUUGGGAAUACAGAAGCAUCACUGUAUAACAGCCAAAGACUUCAUAGACUUUUAACAAAAAAGUAUGUACAUAUGAUUUAUAUUUGACUUCAUUUUUGUACAUUACUGUGUUUUAAGGCACGGUUAUCUAUUUUUUGUGUUUGUGUUCUGUCUCUAUUCCUACAAGGUUUUGGGGAAUCCUUGUAAGAUUUACUGCUGCCUUAAAGUAUAUAGUGAGCACCUAUUUUUGUGUUUUUUAUAAGUAUAUUCUAAUCAGAAGUAAAAAAUAAAUAAAAAAUCUAUGGGACCAUAACCUGUAUGUAUAUGUAGAAUGCUGCCAGGUUGUUUUGAAAUAAUUGCUGCCAGUUAGGAAACAUCUUUUAUUUAAAAAAAAAAAAAAAAAAAAAAAGCCUACUUAAAGGAACACUCCAAAAGUGAGCACUUAAGCUUGCUGAAGAGCUUUAUGUUUGAAGAGAGACCCCUUUUCUCCAUUUUACAAAAAGUGCAGAUUUCAAUAAAAAUUGAAAACUGGCACUUGUAUAAAUUAAACCUGUUACCUCCACCCACCAAGCUGUCAACCUGCCAUGUUACUUCCUUUUAGUUUAGCCUAAUUUAGCUAAAUUCAAGAGGCAGGCAAUACAGCUGGGCAACUGCCUUAGAAAGACUUCAGUUGCACUGGAAAGAAUGUGAUUAGACAGCCACAGAAAGUCUGAGCUAUGAAGGGAGGGGAGGAGGGAUUGCAAAAGCUACAGAAGAGAGGUGUGCAGCUUUUGCAAGUCGGUUUUAAAUUAAAGGAUCACUAUAGGGUCAGGAACACAAAUAUGUAUUCCUGACCCUAUAGAGUUAACACCACCAUCUAGCCCCCUUGGGCCCCUCAUGCCUCCAUAAAUAUAGCAAAAUCUUACUGUAUUCAAGCCUGAAGCUGUAGCUCUGCAUGUUGUUUGCCUCAGAAAAAAAAGCUGUCUGCUGACAUCAUCAGAAGUGGUGGCCUGAUCCAAUCACAAUGCUUCCCCAUAGGAUUGGCUGAGACUGACAAAGAGGCAGCUCAGAGGCAGAGCCAGCAUGAUUCAAACACAGGAAAGUUCAGUGUCUGCAUGCAGAGUGAGGAGGCACUGAAUGUUUGGAUGCAUUUUAGGCAGCCAUGACCCAGGAAGGAUCUCUAACAGCCAUCUGAGGAGUGGCCAGUGAAGUUAUCACUAGGCUGUAAUGUAAACACUGCAUUUUCUCUGAAAAGACAGUGUUUACAGCAAAAGUCCUGAAGGUAAUGAUUUUACUCACCAAAACAAAUUGAAUAAACAGUAGUUGUUCUGUUGACUAUAGUGUCCGUUUAAAUACCUACAUUGGGGUUAUAUCUACUAAACAGUUUGUUUUAUGGCAGUGGAAUGUCAUUGUAAAUGGGGGCUACAUAGUGACCAUCAUUAUAAGUACUUAGAACAAUUCAAUAAACAUCAAUGUCAUUUGACAAGCAGGACCUUACAUUAAAUAUUACUUUUCCCAAGAGACCUCUACUAAAUGGACCUGCAGGGCCACUAUCUAUAUAUAUCAGCAGAGUGAACACAGAAUAACCGCGUACUUAGCAACCAAAACUUUCUAUGCUAUGUAACCAUAAUAAACCUAUGUAAAUCAAUAAACAUAAGAGAUAUAAGAUAAUACCUCUUCGAGUUUCUUGGCAUUCCCAGUCACAAAGACUAUGCUCCUGCUGGUGAGAGCGGCCAUCACAGCUAGCUGCUAAUUGUAACUCAACAUGCACAGACCUGGCAGAACCACGCUGCACUUCCGGGUUCACCGUCACCGCUUCGUCCAAUCAGAGAGCGCCGCCGGCCAGCAUUCCACCAAUCAACGCUCUCAACUGAACCGACUACACCCGGAAGAGGUUGGAAUGUUGACAGCACGUGUGACCAAGGGGCUAUAGGAGAUAUUGGUCUACCAUGAAUCUGCUGCCCAAGAGCUCCAAGGAGUUCGCCUCCACUGAGUACUGGGAACAGUUCUUCAGAAAGCGAGGGGAACGAGCCUUUGAGUGGUAUGGCGGGUACCUUGACUUGUGCGGUGUGUUACACAAAUACAUUAAACCUAAAGACAAGGUAUGUGCUGAGCGACAGUGGAUUAUGAAAAUGUACUGGUGUAACCAGCUCCGGUAAUAUAAAUAAUUACAUACACGGUUACAUUUUUUUUUUUUUUUUUUUAAUCCCACAGGGAUAGAUCGUUAUAAUGCCCUAAACAUCCAUGAAAUGUCAAAACACUGUCAGAUAUGCUUUAGAAAAGCUAUUUAUAAAACUGACUAUGGCGUUCAUUUACCAAAAUCUAGAUUGUAGUGAAUUGAAAUCCAAAAGGUAAAAUAUAACUGAAAUGCUGAAUUCUCAAAAAAGACAGACCUGCGCAGAUUUGUGAUGUCUGGUGAAUAACCCAUACCGAAUAAUAAUCUAGUAGGAUUGGAAAUCUAGCACAUCAGAUAUUGCAAGUUUAAAUCCAGGUAAAGCACAGUGAAAUAGCACCCUUUCCUUACUAGUCAGGUACUGUGGCUGGAAAAGGGAGCACUCAACAGUUUCAAACUUUUUUUAAUGGCGUAAUGAAACCAUGUAAUACAAGUGGUUCAAUCAACAUCGACGCUGGUAGGAUCAACACAAACUUGCAUUUCACCUUACAUCUUUGCAUCACUUUUUAUAAACACUUUGAUAAAUAAAUAACCCCCUUUGUGUAACUUUGAAAUGUACGUUUAGCUACUGUACACAUUAUAAUUUAUAUGAUUCUCCUAAUUCAUAGUUUUUCUGAAAACAUACCAAUUUUUCCAUUUCUACAAAUGAAGGCACUAGCCUAGCCCUAGCUUCUCUAAUUGGCUUCUUCUAGCUUAUCUUUUGUCUUCACAGUGGCUUUAUCUACAAUCUCUUUCAUCAUUCACAGAAGAGGUGAGGAUAUCACUAUUAGCAGUGUUUCUAUGACAAGAACAUCAGAAUUUAAUAUGUUAAAUAUUUUUUUCUUACAUUGUUCUGUGAUAAAUUGACUAUGUAUGUUCCAUAUGCCUUUUUCUUGUCUGUAUCACUUUCCAAAAAAAUAAUUCAGUGUUAGCAAAGAUUUUACUGCCGUUUUGAAAGGGGGGAAAAAUAUAUUUGUCAAGGAGAAAUACCGUUGCGAGGUGUUAUCAAUGACAUGCAAUUUAUUUAUAUAUUUUUUUAACAAAAGGAAGGUUUUGUUGUCUUUACACCUGGUAUGUAUGGUCAUGCUUACGUGAAAGUACAUUUUGUUCAUUUAUAAAAAUGUUUGAUUACAUGUAAGACUUCACAUUUAAAUUCCUAAUCUGACCCUAUCAGAUAAUCUUCAUGUAGUCCCUUUAUUAACAUUAUUUUUUUUUUUUCUCAUGUUUGACAGGUUUUGGUUGUGGGCUGUGGGAAUUCCGAGUUGAGUGAGCGCCUGUAUGAUGCUGGAUGUCAAAACUUGGCAAAUAUUGAUGUCAGUGAAGUCGUUAUACGUCAGAUGAGUGAACGCAAUGCCAGCAAACGGCCUCUGAUGACAUUCCAACUCAUGGAUGCCACACAAACUACAUUUAGUGACUCUCACUUUCAGGCAGUUCUGGAUAAGGGAACAUUGGAUGCCAUCCUGACUGAUACUGAAGAGAGAACUCUAAAAAUAGCCAGUGAUAUGCUGUCUGAAAUUUCCAGACUCCUACAGAUUGGAGGACGUUAUUUGUGUGUCUCUUUGGCCCAAGCUCAUGUGUUGGAGAAGCUGGUGAGACAUUUCUCUGAAGGUGGGUGGAUGGUUAGAGUUCAUCAAGUCUUGGAAGGUAAUAGUCCUGAAUCCGGCAGCAAGUUCCCAAUGCCAGUAUUUGUGUUUUUAAUGACCAAAGUUCGGCAGAUUCCUGGCUUCCCUCAGGUCUUUGAGAUGAUGUCAGAUGAAGAGGGAGGAAAACCUGUUCGAUGGUCAAGUCCUGAGGAACUAAUGGAGGCAGUGAAGGAAAGGCAACGAUAUGCACUGCUCAGAAACAAACUCCAGCAGAACCAAAGUUCUCAAGAGGUUUCACUGGACUUAUGUGAUGGGGAUACUGGCAAGAGUCGUUACACUUUUUACAUAGUGGAUUGUCCAAUAAUAAAACAAUCCCACUCUAAUCAUUUUGCUAUAUUUAUCAGUGAGUAUAUACUGUGUGCUGUGGGAUUCUUUUCAUAUUACCGUACACUGAUUAAAAAAGUGUGGAGCUAGCAGUAGUAUUAGAAUAUUGUUUUUAUUCAGCGUUAAACUGUUUCUAAUGUUUUAAACACUUAAUGAGAGUCCCCUGCUGCACAUCUCCCUCUCUGCUGCGUGGACGAAUGAGGAAGCAUUAGCCUGAGCAGCAAUGGGCAGCUGUGAUUGCCUUAGAGUGUCAACCGAUCACUCUAAGCCCAUCAGUUUACCAUUGCUGGUAUGUAUUGGUAUGGCUAGAAAGAAGUGUAUAAUAUCUGCAUUAGCCAUAUAGGGAUCGGGUUGUGAAUGGCCAGGGACACACAUUUAGUGUUAAGCAUUUCAAAAAUUGUUUAACAUGGAAUGGAGGCACUAUUAACAAUUCAACGAGAUGAAAAUGUUAUGAUGCCCAGUAUCUAUAACUGGUAUUAUGAGUAUAUACAUGCAAGUGGAUUUUUAAAGGGACACUAAAGUCACUAGAACAACUACAGCAUAAUGUGAGUGAGUAUAAUCCUUUAUAUGCAAGCAUUUUUAUGCAAACCCUGCCUUUUCAGAGAAAAGGCAGUGUUUACAUUGCCCCUAGGGACACCUCCAAAUGACCACACCUCAGAUGAACACUGGAGGUGCUUCCUGACUCAGUGCUGCACAGUAGGCAGCACUCAGCAUCCCCACGCUCUGCAUGGGGAUGCUAAAUUUUCCUCAUAGAAAUGCAUUGAUUCAAUGCAUCUCUAUGAUGAGGUGCUGAUUGGCCAAAACAACAUUUGGCUCUGCCCCCUGCCUUUUUUUUUUUUUUUUUUUUUAAUCCAAUCCAAUGCUUUCCCUAUGGGGUUUGCAGCCCCCAGAAUAAAUGCUCCUGGGUGCAGUGGUCCUUUAUUUUUAACUGUGCAAUGUGUAAAAUAUGACAGGUUUUGUAGGGUGUCCUUUAGCUGCUAGAGGUACUAGCACUGACUGAGAAAACCUCCCUCAUAGUGGGCUGAUUCACUGCUUUCCUAUUUGGAAUGUUAGAUGCUUGUAUGGCAUUCUCCACAUAUACACAUUAGAUCCUCAAUGCUCCUUCAUGAGGAGCAUUGGAUUAAACCGUUGUGGAGGAGGCCAUGAGGUGAGCAGCUCGGAGGAAGCUGUUCCGUUGAAAUUAGUAAGUUAAAAAGCAGGAAAAUAGUUCUAGUUGCUUAAAAAUCUUGGCCUGGAUUUAAGCCGUGCAGAAGAAAUCUGGACCAAAUUCAGGUUUGUUUGGGGCUUGAAUUACAACAUCAAUGUUAGAUAGAGAGACCAAUAUCUGGAUUAUGCAGUCUGGAUGGUUCAGCCACAUUUUGUACAGGGCUAUUGGGACUAGUGAACCUUGUAAGUGUUACUCUGAUCUGUUUUGUUUUUGGGUUGGUAUAAUUUAAUUCUACAUAAAUGUUGCAGCAACAUGAGCAUAGAGCUUUUUUUUAAUAUUCUUUUUGUUGUGCCAUGAAAUGCAGACAAAUUUGACAUGCCCCAACAGCAGAUGUCAACCAGUUCAGUUCACAAAGCUUUGUUGUUGUAGGCAGAAAACAUGCACAUUUUUAUAAAAUAAUCUCAUGCUAAGCUGGUAUAUCAAGAAGGCUAUUUCCCACUGAUGUCAGAACUCAAAGUACUGUCUAGACAUGCAUAGUAGGUGUAAUGGACUUGUUGGAUCAAGAUAUGCAUGUAGAAGGAAAUAAGGAUCAAAAAGUAAAUUCGUAAGCAUUUUUAGCCUUCCAAAGACAUGAUGUGAUGCUAACUAGAGGUAAUUGAGAUUGAACAUGCUGAGCGAGCAACUGAGACUACUUUUCAAUUAAGUCCACUGCACUGGAUCGCAAAAAAAAAAAAGUAGGUAGCCUGCACCUCUGCCUUUAAUAAGCUGUGUAGUGUUGUCACCGGGCUUAACCUUUGCCCUUCAUAAGGCUCUUGUCUUUUAUGACUUUUUAAGAUUAAGGAUUUUAUUUAUUUUUACUUACCGUCUUUUGGAUUUCUUUAGUAAUGAUGCUCCUGGAUUUGUACAUGUCCAAGCCAUUUAGUUAUAAAUGUAGAUUUACAGACCAUCUUUCACUUAUGCAGGUUUACACUUAACCUAUGACUCUGUUACAGUUGUAGUAGACUCAGAUUUUUAAUAUCCCUGUACUUAGUUUGUUUCGGACAACUUCGCAUAAUGCCAUGCUACCUUUACAACUAUAUCUCCCUUCUAUAAUGAUAUGUAGGAUACACCUAUUCAUUGUGUAUAGAUAAUCGUUUAUUUUAAUUAUUUUGCUGCUUUUUUUUUUAAAUCAUUGUCUCUGUAUGCAAUUUGCAGUUCCUCAAGGCAGGGAAACUGAAUGGCUUUUUGGAUCGGAGCCAGGUCGAAGGCAGCUUGCUGGAAGUGUUGGAUUUCGGCGUCUGAUAAUUGUGGCUUUGCACAGAGAUCAGCAGUAUGAUGGCAUGCAAGCUAUUCAGGCAGAGUUGUCCGCUAAGGUCCUAGAAUUAGCUCCUGCAGGAUUGCCAGAUAACCAACAGGUACUACGUCUCAUCUGAACAAUUAUUGUAACUUUAAAUUGUCACAUGCUACAUCUUGCAUUAGGGCAGCAUUGCUAGAAAUUAGAUAGGAAAAAAGUAUAUAUGCGCACACAUUAUGUGGAACAAAAAGGUGCAGUGUAUUAUGGGAACGUAAUGCCAUCCAUCAAGGUGUUAUGGAGAUAUAAAUAUAAAGCAAGUGACUCAUCAUAUCCAAAACACUUAAAGGAUCACUAUAGUGUCAGGAAAACAAAGCGUUUUUCCUGACAUUAUAGUGCCCUGAGGGUGUCCCCAUCCUCAGGGUCCACCUCCCGUGGCGCUGAAGGGGUUAAAACCCCUUCAGCCACUUACCUUAAUCCAGCGCUGGGCUCCCUCGGUGCUGGUGACCUCUCCUCCCCCCGCCGACGUCUGCUCCCUCUGCCAACGUCAGCUGAGCCGAAUGCGCAUGCAAUGCUUUCCUAUGGACGCUCUGCACGAUGGAGGCAUAAAAUGCCUCCAGCGUCGCAGAUGCGCCUCUAGUGGCUGUCCGGAAGACAGCCACUAGCAGCUGGUUUAAUCCCAAAUGUAAACAUAGCAGUUUCUCUGAAACUGCUAUGUUUGCAUCUGAAGGGUUAAAACCUGAGGGACCCGGCACCUGGCUCAUUGAGCUGAAGUGGUCUGGGUGACUAUAGUGUCCCUUUUAAAGGGUUACUCAAAUGCUUUUCUCUGCCUUAUUUAAUCUUUUAACUGACUUAUUUGGCACUUGAUACACAAAAAACAUUAUGAAGGGAGGAGUGGAAGGAGAGGGAGGGCUGUGUUUAGGAAGAUGGGACACUGUUAGACUGUGUGUGCACACAGUCCAAAGGGCUUCUAUUUGAAGGUGCUCACUGCACUGCCUGCGAUUGAAGAAGCUAGUUACUGUGUGCUGGUGAUGGAUGUAAAUUUUACCCAGUGCUAAUAUUAGACCACUACAUUUUCCAGGGGUGCAACAAGACCCUGGCAUAGUAGAGCCUAAUUUUUCUGUAUAGACCGUGUUUCAAACAGAAAUGCAGCGUAUACAUAUACUGCUAAAAGCAGAAGUGAUCAUGGGGGUUAGAGUACCACUUUAAGAUGGCAAUAUGUUCCUUAAAUACACACUUCUGUGUUUUGUAUGUUUGAUAUUAUUAGUGUAGUUUGGAUUUAAUGAUGAGUGUUUUGUGUAGUGUAUGGGUUAAUGUACAAUUAUUGUGUUUGGGUUAUGUAGGGUUUCUGUUUAGUAUAAUGAGUUGGGGGUUAAAGAGAGGACAUUUCUCUAAGGACAGCAUGGAGAAUCUAACAGUAUGCCGAAUAUUUUUAUUAUGUUAGCAGUGAUGGGCUCCAGCCCCCUCCUCACAUUCAAAUACAUUGUCCCCAAAUCCAAUACACUGCCCCCUUCCACUCUUCUUCACUGCCCCUCCACCCAGUCUAAUACACUGCUACACAGCCCCUUAAUCUAAUACACUGCCCCCACUUCCACCACUCUAAUUUAGUAUACUGCUCCCUCCUUCCCCAAUUUAAUACACUGCACCCUCCAUCCCCCAAAUUAAUACACUACCCCCUCCCCAAUUUAAUACACUGGCCUCACCCCCACACCCUCCCCACAAUUUAAUACACUGGCCAGCCCCCUGCCCCAAAUAAAUACUUUCCUCUGUCCCCAAUUGUUAAUCCACUGCCUCAUUCAAAUGAAUACACUGGCUCCUCCAAAUUAAUACACUGUGCCCCUCCCCAAUUUUAAAAGACUACACAAGAAGGUCCCCCAAACACCUCUUCUCAUACCUCAAGAUGAGCUGCCCGUCUUCCAGUUCCAGCUCUGCUCUUUUCUACACAAGCAGGCCAGGUGCUUCUCUGGCACUGCGAAUGGAGGGAUGGGGGAGUGGUUGGUCUGCUCUGCAGACAGACAGCCACACUGCGUUCUUGCGGACGUGGAAGGGAAGACCAGAAGCAGACAGUAAAUAUCUUUCCUAUCUUGCGGCUAGUCGCGGGCCGCAAAUAUAUUAAUUGUGGGCCGCAAGUUUGACAUGCUUGCACUUCAGUAUGCUGUAGUCGUUAUGGUGCCACCACAUGGUCAAGAGCAAUACUGUUCUUGAAUGUUGGCUAGGUCCCCCAGGCAUCUGGGUGGCCAGUGGCUGUAUGUGUCCUUGGUUAGCAGCUUGGGUGACUACUGACUGGUGUUUGAAGCUUUCACAAGACCAAGCUUAACUAGGUCCCCCAAGUAUCUGCAAUCAGAUAUUUCUAAAGCAGAUAAAGCGAAGUACACCCAGGUAGGUGUGAAACCAUUCAUAAUGAUUUGCCUCCUUAUUAUGGGUACCAUAAACACUACAGCAGGCUAUAGAAGUUAUUGUACUGGGAGUACCCAACUAAGUAAUUCUGUUUCCUUUUACAUUUUAUUUAUUCUAUUCUACUCAGGUUCCAUUUCUUUCAACUGGUGCAGACAUUGGGAACCGUGUAGUACAACAUCGGGGCAAAAGCGAGUUAAGCGGCGAGUUUGUCAUUGAAGAUGUUAGAGGAGAUGGGACAGACUACUUUAGACGUCUUAUAUUUCUGAGUAACCAAAAUGUAGUACAGUCUGAGGUCAGGUUACUUCCAGGCAAUACUAACUGUGGUAAGAACGUAUGUUCUAUUUCGAUUUUCCCAUUGCAGUAUACAAAUUAGCUUUCUGCAGAGCCCCAACAGAAUGUUUAUUGGAUCUUAAUGGGUCAAUAAGGACCAUGACAAAUUUUCAAUAUUUGCAAAGCCUUUGGUGCAUCAAGCUCCCAUCACUGUCAGUGAUUUGUAUACAUCACUGUAUAAGACGGCUUUGUUAAUCAGUGAUGUCCAUAGGUGGACUAACAUACAGGAGCAGAGGGUGUAGAGGGCUCACAGUGCAUACAAUUUGGAUAAAUGUCUCUAUCCUUCCCUUUCUGGCUCUUCAGAGAGCACAAACAGUGGCUUCAUUUGUCAUUAAUCAGCAGCUGAUCUUGUCCACAAUUCUGCCCAUCUUGUGAGAGUAGUGCAACUGUGGCUGAAAGUUAAACUCUUGUUAACCCCUGUUGUAUGCUUCUGGAUUAUGGAAAUCCUACAUAGACCAUUGAGAUGCUCCUGUUUGGAGCUUUUUCCUAGUCUGGGAGGGAUCAGCAAUUUUAAGAGCUAAACAUGUUUCAUUUUUUACCCAUGUUGUUUAACCCCUUAAGGACCAAACUUCUGGAAUAAAAGGGAAUCAUGACAUGUCGUGUGUCCUUAAGGGGUUAAAUAUUGUUUCAUUUCCAAUAUUUUGUGUCCCUUUUUAGCUUUGGAGAUCUUCUAAAUCUUUUCAACCUGGUUGUCUCAUACACUAGUGGCAUACAUUUGCUAUCACCCAAAACAUCUUAUUUACACACUAAGGGUAUUUAAUUAAACAUAACACUAAGCGAAUGGUUAAUUAAAUACAACAAUGCUUCCAUUAUCCAGGUCAGAAAAAGAAGAAAAAAGUUAAAAAAAAUGCGCCAAAGUCGUUAGAUGAAUCUACAACGCUCACCAGUCCAAUAAUUGAUAAGGGCUAUCUGUGCUGUGAACAUCACAAGGCAAUGAUUUCUGGACUUGCCCUGCUUUGUAAGAAUGGAAUGCUACCAGGUAUUGUACCUGUCUGAUGGGGAUGGGGCUGUAGACCUUUACAUACAUCAGAACUGCAUGGAUCCUUGCAUUCUUGCUUGGCUUCCUGGCAGUGCAAAGAUUCUCAUCUGGUUGCAUUAAAAAAAAAAAAAAAAAAAAGCUGCAAAUAUUUAAUCCACACAAUAUUGCAGUGUAUAGUUCACAUUCCCAAAAUGAUGUGUGAUUGUAUGCUUUGUUUUCUGCUAUUGAACUAGUUGCAUUAUGGGAAAUUAAGUUGCAUGCUUCCAGGAAGUCUACUUUAGAAUAAGCUUAACCCCUUAAGGACCAAACUUCUGGAAUAAAAUGGAAUCAUGACAUGUCACACAUGUCAUGAGUCCUUAAGGGGUUAAAGGAACACUAUAGUCAACAGCUUUAUCUUAAUGAAGCAGUUUUGGUGUAAAGAUCAUGCCCCUGUAGUCUCACGUCUCAAUUCUCUGCCAUUUAUGAGUUAAAUCACUUUUGUUUCUGCUGUGACUGACACAGCUUGCAUGAAAACAGUGGUUUAACCCAUUAAGGACCAAACCUCUGGAAUAAAAGGGAAUCAUGACAUGUCAUGUGUCCUUAAGGGGUUAAAUUUUCAAUAUGAUGUAACUUACUUUCAAAGUUUUUAUCUCCUGCUCUGUAAAUUUAAUUACACGCAGGAAGUGCCAGUAGGGUCAAGAAGGCUACUAACAGAGCUGAAGAUAAGACAUUAUAAAUUAAACAGAAUUUGCAAUAAAGGAAGUGUAAAUAUUAGAUGAAUAUUUACAGGAAGUGUUUAGGAAGACUGUAUUAGUCACAUGCAGAGAGGUGUGACUAUGAUUGCAUAAACAAAGUGAUUUAACUCCUAAAGGGCAGAUAAUUGAGAUGCAUUAUCUCUACACCAAAAUUGCUUCAUUAGGCUAAAGUUGUUUUGGUGACUAUAGUACCCAUUUAAUAUGACGCUACAGUCACUAGAACUACAGCUUAAUGUAAUUGUUCUGGUGUAUAUAGCCUGUCCCUGCAAGUAGUUUAAUGUAAACACUGCCUUUUCAGAUGACUACUAGGGGUACUUUCUUGGUUGAGCACUUAAACAUUCUGCUUGGAAGUGCUGAACUUUCCCUAUAAAGAUGCAUUGAGUCAAUGCAUCUCAAUGAGGAGAUGGUGAUUGGUGCAGAGCGGCAUUUUUCCUCGCAUCGAUUAGAGACAAUCAAAGGUCUGCAAGAAAAAGACAUGUUUCAAAACUGAGCCUGUAAUGACAGGAUUUAAUCUCAGUAUCGAAUGAAUAUGUUAUCAGAGUAGACAUUUUUAUAAGUAGGUUUGGGUAGUAGCACAGGAAUUAAAAUUUUAAGCCCUGUUGAAUUAACACCUUUUUAUUUACCUUUUUGCCACUCUGUCAGAGAAUGAUCAUAGGAAGUCCCUCUAGUGGCUGUCUGUAUUACAACCACUUGAGGUGUUUGUAAGCGAAAUGUAAACCUUGAUUUUUCUCUGAAAAGGCUACGUUAAGCUGUAAUGGAUUUGGUGCUUAGUUUUCUUUACGUCCGAUUCUCUUUCUAAAAAUGUAUAAAUUUUCUAUUUACUUGCAGAGAAUCUAAUAUCUGUUCUGGUGAUUGGACUUGGUGGGGGCAGCCUGUCUCUUUUUAUCCAUGAUUACAUUGGGAAUUCACAAGUGGAGGCUGUUGAAAUUGACCCAUCUGUGCUUGAUGUAGCAUGCCAGUGGUUUGGUUUUUCGCAAGAUGAGCGCAUGAGAGUGCACCUUGGUGAUGGCCUUGUCUGUAUUAAUGACUUGGCGAAACAAGGUAAGGUUUGGUCACACUCUGCAGCAGUUUUCAUAAAUACAGGCAGCAAUAAUAAAUACUAUUGACAUUUAGCUAGUUUUGAAGCCUGAGAAUCCAAUUUUAAAUUAACACAUACUGUACUGAAAUUUAGAUUAGCAGUGUUAUUCACUAAAUUGAGAAUUCAAGGUGAUUUUCAAACUUAAGGUCAAAAUAGUUAAACUGUAAAAAAAUGUAUUAUUCAGCUAUGCUUUGUGUUUAGCUACCUUGGCCUUAAAUUUUAAAUUCUCUUUGAAUACUGUCUUUAGUGAAUAUCCCUGAUAGAAAGUUUACAAUCUUUCUCCUUAAAGGGAUACUUGAACAAAUAUAACGAUUACAGCAUUCUGUAGUGGUUAUGGAGCCAGGAGUCCCAUGGAAAGCUGUUAAUAUUUUAUUAACAGUUUGACGCUUAGCUGUGUCAAGCAUUCGUGGUCUUUCUGGCCUGCACUGGUAUGCUAAAAUGGAACAUCAUAUUUUUACAUAAGAAGAAGAAUUUUAGAUGCUAUUCACUAGCAGAGAGUUGUCAGCUAACACACUUUAAUCAUUUAAUAAUGUUCACAGUUGCUAGGCUAAUUUUAAAGUAUCAACUUCUGUUUUAGCUUAUUAGUGCAGAACAGAAAGACCACAGGUGCCUGACAGCCAGGAAAAAGUGUCAAAAUGUUUGUAAGUGAUUUGACAGCUUAUCAAGGAAUAACACCAAGGGACUCCUGACGCCAUCAUCACUCGACAUUGCUUAUAGUAUCCAUUUAACUUCUUGUUUAUACUUUCCCCAAAAUACUCUGCAUCACGAGUAGCUGGGGAGCUUAUUGGGGUUGAUGGUUCAUCUCUAUGAUGUGUUUUCUCAAAGAUUGAAAGACAUCAAAACCACUUCUUCAAGCUCAGUAUGAUGAAGGGUGUACUUGCAAAAAUAAUACUUUAUUUACUAAACCACUGCAGGAAAUAAAUUAAAAAGAAAAUAUUAAGGGACACUCCACUGCCCCCACCCCAAUAAAAUGACUGUUUAGUAUGUAUAACCCCAAUAAAAAAUGCAUGCAUUUAAUUAUGUAUUGAUUUUUAUAUCUUAAAUCUGCUUGCAGAAGUUGCAGAUCUUAUAGUUACAUAGUAUAGCUGAAAAGAGACUUGCGUCCAGCAAGUUCAGCUUUCCUCACAUAUGUUUUUGCUGUUGAUCCAAAAGAAGGCAAAAAACCCAGUCUGAAGCACUUCCAAUUUUGCAACAAACUAGGAAAAAAUUCCUUCUUGACCCCAAAAUAGCAGUCAGAUGUCUCCUUGGAUCAAGCAGCUAUUACCCCACUAAUUAGAAAUGAUAUCCCUGGAUGUUAUGUUUUUGUAAGUAUUUAUACAACUUCAGUUUAAACAUCUGUAUAGACUCUGACAAAACCACCUCUUCAGGCAAAGAAUUCCAUAUCCUUACUGUAAAAAAACAUUUUCUUUGCCUUAGAUGAAAUCUCCUUUCUUCCAGCCUAAAUGUGUGACCUCGUGUCCUAUGUAUAGCCCUGUUUAUGAAUAGAUUUCCAGAUAAUGGUUUGUACUGGCCCUGAAUAUAUUUGUUGAAUGUAUAUGUUAUCAUAUCUCCUCUCAGGCGCCAUUUUUCCAAACUAAAGAGAUUAAAAUUUUUUAACUUUCCUUCGUAACUAAAAUGCUCCAUUCCUUUUAUCAAUUUUGUAGCUCGUCUCUGCACUUUGUUCUAGUGCCAUGAUAUCUUUCUUUAGAACAGGUGCCUAAAAUUGCACAGCAUAUUCAAGGUGUGGUCUUACCAGCAAUUUAUAAAGAGGCAAAAUUAUAUUUCAUCUCGAGAAUUUAUUCCCCUAUUUAUACAUGACAAAACCUUACCGGCCUUAGCAACGGCAGGUUGACAUUGCAUGUUGCUGUCUAAUUUGUUGUCUAUAACAAUUCCCAAAUCCUUCUCGUGUGUGGUUAUCCCUAAUUCACUACCAUUUAGGGUGUAAAUUGCUUGUGCAUAACUUUGCAUUUCUCUAUGUUAAAUUUCAUCUGCCAUUUUAGUGCCCAGUCCCCCAAUGUAUCCAAAUCCCUCUGCAGCAAGGCAAUAUCCUGCUCACAUUUUAUUACUUUACAAAGUUUUGUGUCAUCUGCAAACACUGAUACAUGGCUUCCAAUGCCCAUUUCAAGAUUAUUUAUAAAUAUGUUAAAUAGAAGCAGUCCAAAACAGAACACUGAGGGACACCACUUACCACUUUUGUCCAGCUUGAAAAUUUACCAUUAGUGACAACUCGUUGUACUCUAUCCUUAAGCCAAUUUUCUACCCAAGAACAAGAAUAUUCAUCUAGACCACCAAUUUCUUUUAGUUUGAAGACUAACCUAUUGUGAGGAACCGUAUCAAAUGCCUUGGCAAAAUCCAGGUAGAUCACAUCCACUGCAACACCCUGAUCUAUACUUCUACUUACUUUUUCGUAGAAUGCAAAUUAGGUUAGUUUGACAUGACCUAUGUUUUUCAUAAAACCAUGCUGAUUAUUGCUAAUAACACAGUUCUUCCCAAUGAAUUCCUGAAUAUUAUCCCUUAAUAGCUGUUAAGCUCACAGGUCUAUAAUUUCCAGGCAAGGAUUUUGAAACCUUUUUAAAUAUAGGAACAACUUCUGCCUUCCUCCAAUCCUCCGGUACAAUACCUGAAACAAAAGAAUCUUGAAAAAUUAAAUACAGAGGUUCACUUAUUUCCCCACUUAGCUCCUUAAGUACUCGUGGGUGAAUACCGUUAGGCCCCAGAGCUUUAUUUACAUUAAUUUUCUUUAAUAGCUGUAGCACCUUGUCUCGAGUUAUCCAAUCACAAGUUAUGUGCAAGUUUGUUGCAGCAAUCAUUUGCUUAUCUCUUGCCAUAGGAUCCUCAUUAAUAUAUACUGAAGAAAAAUAAUUAUUUAAAAUAUCUGCCUUUUCCUGGUCUUCAUUAACUAACAGACCCAUCUGUUUUCAGUAUACCUACACUUAAAUUUCUUUGUUUUUUUUAGAAUUGAUGUACUUGAAAAGAUUUUUGGGGUUGGUUUUCCAUUCUUUGGCUAUCAAUUUCUCAUUUUCUAGUUUAGCCACUUUAAUUGCCUUUUUGCAAGUAUUAUUGGCUUCCUUAUAUCUUAUAUAGGAUGCCUCUGAUUUGUUUGAUUUAAAAAUGCUUUAAAUGCCAUUUUCUUAUUUUUAAUCUCUUGUUUUAAUUUGUUUCUUUUAUAUUUAUUACCCAAUGGUACAUACUGUGAAAUGUACCUUUCUAAUAUUUGUUUGAAUAGUUUCCAUUUUUCCUCAGUGUUUUUAUCACUAAGGAGUUUAUGCUGGUCGAUAUGUUGUAGAGCUGCUCUAAUCUUAUUAAAAUUGCCUUUUUUUAAAAAAUUAUACGUUUUAAUAUACCCCACAUGCUUUUGCUUUUUUGAGUUUAUUUCAAAAGUUACCAUAUUGUGAAGAAAAAGUGUGUGAACCCUUUGGAAUGACAUGGAUUUCUGCACAAAUUGGUCAUAAAAUGUGAUCUGAUCAUCAUCUAAGUCACAACAAUAGACAAUCACAGUUUGCUUAAACUAAUAACACACAAAGAAUGAAAUGUUGCCAUGUUUUUACUGAACACACCAAGUAAACAUUCACAGUGCAGGUGGAAAAAGUAUGUAAACCCUUGGAUUUAAUAACUGGUUGAACCUCAUUUGGCAGCAAUAACUUCAACCAAACGUUUCCUGUAGUUGCAGAUCAGACGUGCACAACGGUCAGGAGUAAUUCUUGACCAUUCCUCUUUACAGAACUGUUUCAGUUCAGCAAUAUUCUUGGGAUGUCUUGUGUGAAUCGCUUUCUUGAGGUCAUGCCACAGCAUCUCAAUUGGGUUGAGGUCAGGACUCUGACUGGGCCACUUCAGAAGGCGUAUUUUCUUCUGUUUAAGCCAUUCUGUUGUUGAUUUACUUCUAUGCUUUGGGUCAUUGUCCUGUUGCAACACCCAUCUUCUGUUGAGCUUCAGCUGGUAGACAGAUGGCCUUAAGUUCUCCUGCAAAAUGUCUUGAUAAACUUGGGAAUUCAUUUUUCCUUCGAUGAUAGCAAUCCGUCCAGGCCCUGACGCAGCAAAGCAGCCCCAAACCAUGAUGCCCCCACCACCAUACUUCACAGUUGGGAUGAGGUUUUGAUGUUGGUGUGCUGUGCCUUUUUUUCGCCACACAUAGUGUUGUGUGUUUCUUCCAAACAACUCAACUUUGGUUUCAUCUGUCCACAGAAUAUUUUGCCAGUACUGCUGUGGAACAUCCAGGUGCUCUUGUGCAAACUGUAAACGUGCAGCAAUGUUUUGUUUGGACAGCAGUGGCUUCCUCUGUGGUAUCCUCCCAUGAAAUCCAUUCUUGUUUAGUGUUUUACGUAUUGUAGAUUCGCUAACAGGGAUGUUAGCAUUUGCCAGUGACUUUUUUAAGUCUUUAGCUGACACUCUAGGAUUCUUCUUCACCUCACUGAGCAGUCUGCGCUGUGCUCUUGCAGUCAUCUUUACAGGAUGGCCACUCCUAGGGAGAGUAGCAGCAGUGCUGAACUUUCUCCAUUUAUAGACAAUUUGUCUUACUAUGGACUGAUGAACAACAAGGCUUUUGGAGAUACUUUUAUAACCCUUUCCAGCUUUAUGCAAGUCAACAAUUCUUAAUCGUAGGUCUUCUGAGAGCUCUUUUGUGCGAGGCAUCAUUCACAUCAGGCAAUGCUUCUUGUGAAAAGCAAACCCAGAACUGGUGUGUGUUUUUUAUAGGGCAGGGCAGCUGUAACCAACACCUCCAAUCUCAUCUCAUUGAUUGGACUCCAGUUGGCUGACAUCUCACUCCAAUUAGCUCUUGGAGAUGUCAUUAGUCUAGGGGUUCACAUACUUUUUCCACCUGCACUGUGAAUGUUUACAUGGUGUGUUCAAUAAAAACAUGGCAACAUUUCAUUCUUUGUGUGUUAUUAGUUUAAGCAGACUGUGAUUGUCUAUUGUUGUGAUUUAGAUGAUGAUCAGAUCACAUUUUAUGACCAAUUUGUGCAGAAAUCCAUAUCAGUCCAAAGGGUUCACAUACUUUUUCUUGCAACUGUAUUUCCCAAAUGCUCCCUUACUUGAAUGUUGGCUAAAAGAUAAAGAGAUCCAGACAAGCAUCCUUUCUAGUUGGUGUUUGUACCAGUUGUGACAUAAAGGUGUCAUUUAACACAUUCAAAAACCGUAUUCCCCUUACUGAAGUAUUAGUCCCUCUAUCCCAAUUUAUGUCCGUGUAAUUAAAGUAUCCAAUAAUUAACGUGUUACCCCGAUUUGCAGUUUUCCCAAUUUGCCCUAACAGCAGUUCUUCCUCAUUAAUAUUUACAUUUGGUGGUUUAUAACAUAUCCCAACCAAUAAUUGAUUUCCCUUUGUUUGCCCCAAGCAGAUAUCUACCCAAAAAGCUUUCACAUUUUCCUCGUCACACUCCACAUGCUGGAGAUUUGACUUUAACUCAUGGCUGACAGACAAACAUACCCCACCACCCUUCUUGUUUUUCCUAUCCUUCCUAAAUAAUGUGUACCCAUUUAAGUUAACUGCCCAGUCAUGUGUCUUAUCCUACCAUGUUUGUUAUGCCUAUUAUAUCUUAUUGUUUAGUGUAUGCUAUUGCCUCUAGUUCCCCCAUUUUGUUAUAUAGGCUCCUUGCAUUAGUAAGCAUACAUUUAAUAUCACCAUGAGUCAUUUGUACGUUUUGUGAAUUAUCAAUAUUACAUACCUCCUCUGUUCUGAGCUUUCCCCUCCACCCCCUUUGUUCUGAGCUGAAGCCCAUCUCCUUUCUAUCCUAUCUCCAUUUUCUAGAUUGCUUUGACCCUCCCCCCCACUACUAGUUUAAAAUCUCCUCCAACCUUCUAGCCAUCCUAUCCUCCAGCACAGCAGACCCUCUUCCGUUAAGGUGCAAUCCAUCACGACUAUACAAGUUGUACCCAAGCGCAAAAUUGGCCCAGUGCUCUAAAAACCCAAAACCCUCUUUCCUGCACAAAGACUUCAGCCACGCAUUGACCUCUCUAAUCUCCCGCUGCCUUUCUGCUGUAGCGCGCGGCACAGGUAAUAUUUCUGAAAAUAUUACCUUGGAUGUCUUUUUCUUUAGCUUACUUCCUAGAUCCAUGAACUCACUCUUUAGGACCUUCCAUUUUCCUCUGACUUUGUCAUUGGUACUAAUAUGGACCAUGACAGCUGGAUCAUCCCCAGCCCCUCCCAAUAAUCUCUUGUAUGAAGCGUUUGCAAGUCCUCCCCUACUUUCCCAGUCCAGACUGUCUGUCCAAUCACAUACUUCCCAAUGCAGUUCAGUGAGUGAUCUUUGCAAGGGAGGUACUCUGUGCAAUUGCUAAACAACCAGGAAGUAUCAAGACUGUCGGGUCGCAACUAGAUUAAUUAAAAAAAAAAAAAUGCCAAUUUCUAUUGAAAUCUGCACUCUUUGUAAUAUGGAAAAAAAGGGAACACACUCUUCACUUACAACAAGCUGAAUUGCAUUAGGGGUCUGCAGUAUCCCUUUAACUAAUAUAGCCACUUAUUUCUAGAGGUAAAGAUAUAUAAUCCGUGACACUAUAAUUAGGCCCAAGGAAUACUGCAAAUGUUAAAAUCUUCUCCAUUGACUCUUAUAGUGUUUCUUGGGGUGAAUACUGAUCAUUUCUGUCUUUGGAUAUGUGACUGCUAUGUUAUCUCCCUCAUGUAACCCAUCCUUUUACAGGAAAGACUCUUUAUGAUGUGGUGAUGUUUGAUGUGGACAGCAAGGACACCAGUGUUGGUAUGAGUUGUCCACCACCUGCGUUUGUAGAGAAAGAUUUCCUAAUCAAUGUUCACAAGAUCCUGAAACCUGAUGGUAAGAACAAUCUACAUAGAGGUGUGUGUGUGUGUUUUCCUAUGUGCAUCUGCAUCAAACCUUGACCUGUAUAUCUUCCACAUUUUCAAUGCAAUAUAUUUUAUUAUUCUUAUUGUUUUAUUUUUAAUAAAGUAUUAAAUUUGAUUCUUCUCAGGUAUCUUUGUUUUGAACUUGGUAUGCCGUGAUUCAGCGUUGAACGAGAGUGUGAUAAAAGUUCUUCGUGACGUUUUUCCCCUGAUUUAUAAACAAAAAAUAGAGGAUGAAGUGAAUGAAAUUCUCUUUUGCUGUUCAGGCUCAGAAAAAAGUCUGUGCCCUCUGGGUCUAAUAGAGUCGGCAAAGAAUUUGGAAAAGCAGCUUAAAAAAACUGGACUUUUUUGGGACAAAACAUACGAUUUGGCUGAAAUGUUAAAGAAUGUGAAGAUCAUUUGACAUGGGGUAUAUGAAAUAAUUCUAAAUCAUAACUGAGCAACAAUCUUAUACCACAAAAGAAGAUAAUGGCAACAUUCAUGGUUUGUUUGUUAGUAAAGGGAGGAAAAGCUCUGCAUUAUUUUGUCCUGUUAAGUGCCUACAUUGUCAAACUUUGCAGGAGACUUAAUUGUAGAGCUUGUGAACCAUCCAUAUACGGGUUUGGUUCUCAAUCAUUUGCCAUUGUAGUGUAAGAAUGUGUUAUAGAAUAUCAGAAAACUACAGCAUGCAGUGACUGAAUCUAAAUUGCAGACCAUCAGCUGUGGAAGAAGGUCAAAACUGCUGGC